ACAUCUUAGAGUCGAUCCGACCUCGUUCAGCCACACUGACCAUACUCCCUGACGGACGAACUAAAUUAGACACAUCGAAUAAGCCACAAUGCCUCAGAACGAGUAUAUGGAAGAGCACAGGAAGAGGUAUGGUAGGAGGCUCGAUCACGAGGAACGAACGCGAAAACGUGCUGCCCGUGAAUCCCACAAGAAUUCUGCCGUCGCCCAAAAACUCUACGGUAUCAAAGCCAAGCUCCACCACGCUAAACGACAUGCCGAAAAGGUUCAACUCAAGAAGACCCUCAAGGCUCACGACGAACGCAACGUCAAGCAGUCCGACGAUUCCGCUGCUACCCAGGGAGCUUUGCCUACAUACCUGUUGGAUCGAGAGGGUCAGAAGGAUGCCAAGGCCUUGUCGAGCAGUAUCAAGGAGAGGAGAAAGGACAAGGCUGCCAAGUACAGCGUACCCCUGCCCAAAGUCCGGGGGAUCGCCGAGGAGGAGAUGUUCAAGGUCAUCAAGACCGGUUCGAAAAAGUCGAAGAGCUGGAAGCGGAUGGUCAACAAGGCCACGUUUGUUGGAGAGGGUUUCACCCGAAAGCCCGUGAAGAUGGAGAGGUUCAUUCGACCUAUGGCUUUGCGUUACAAGAAGGCCAACGUCACGCAUCCCGACCUGAAAGCCACCUUCCAACUCCCCAUCAUCGGAGUAAAGAAGAACCCUCAAUCUCCCCUCUACACGCAAUUGGGAGUGAUGACCAAGGGUACUAUCGUCGAGGUCAACGUCAGCGAGUUGGGUAUGGUAACUACCGGAGGAAAGGUCGUCUGGGCGAAGUACGCUCAGAUCACCAACAACCCGGAACUCGAUGGAUGUAUCAACGCCGUCCUGCUUGUCUGAUUUCGUUCCAACUCUCUUUGCGCUCAUCUUUCGGUUUUGUAUGUAGCUCUUGUUGUAUCAACAGUACGGGUCUUUCUCUACGGUCUUUUUUGGCAGUCUGCCGACCGGUCCCUGCAUGCCAGACUAUAU